AUGGCUGCCGCAGCCCGUCGUCAAUACUCCUACGCUGCUGCGCCCCAAAAGACUCUCCCUAUCACAAUGCCGUCCAAAGCACCUGCCUAUCACUAUCCAGUCUCUCGCAUUGCCAUGUCUCCCCCAGAGAUGUCAGAUUCCAGCACCACCUACAGCGGCAGCCGAUCGAGUGGCCAGUCUUACAGCGCGCGAUCGAGCAAUUACGCCGCAAGUCAAAGCAGCGACUACGAGAGCUACAAUUCGACGUCCGGCGUUGAUGUUGUGGAUAUGCUUAGCGAACGGAUGAAUUCUGCAUUCGAGCCAAUCCGCAUGGACAAAUCGCUUGCCAAGCAAGCGCAGACAUCUGGCCAGCUUAACGCUAAACAGCGUGAAUUAGCGGAAUUGCAAGCAAUGGCUCAGCGUCGCCUUAAGGGUGCACGUAAAAAUUUUGACGAAGGCAUGCAAGCUGCUCGCGAAACGCGACGAGAUAUCGACUACAUCAAAGGCAAAACCACGUCGAUGAAAGCGAAAGCCGAACGAAGAAACCCAGAAGCUUAUGCCAAAGCCAGCAGGCGAAGUUACGACGAUUAUUAG